UGCCUUUACCCUGACGAAGCUGUGGCACAGUGCACUGCAAGUAGUGUCUGCGCGUUCACAUGCAUCAACGGCUUCUCCCAAAACAACGCGGGCAAUACAUGUAUUUGCCCUCCCGGGAACGUAGUCUGCAACGGGGUUUGCCAGGCAUCGUCUCUCUGUCCGAGCUCUCAGCCAACCAAGCGGUCGCGUUCCCCGAAAUGCAAAUUUGGUUGGACGGCUUGCGGUGUCCCCAGCGGAGCGCCGUGGGCGUACGAAUGCAUUGAUACGCGCUCUGACUUGGAGAGCUGUGGAGGAUGUGUGACACCCUUGACGAAAUACAGUCCUCGCGGAGAGGACUGUUCUUCGCUGCCGGGCGUUCAGGAUGUCUCUUGUACUCGGGGAAGCUGUGUUGUUCUACGUUGCCAGAGGGGGUACACUGUCUCUGCUGACCAUUCGGCAUGCAUUCCGAACAACUCCGAAGUUGUGAAUGACUAUGCAAUGGCGCUUCAACGCAACGGAAAGUACGGGAAGGACAAGCAGGCGUAA